AUGAAUGGAAGCACAACUCAGUAUGUAACGGGCACGAGUGGCACGACAGAAUGUCAUCGAAAGAGUAGUUUACUUAACAGCCCAACACCAUUACCGUCGACUGCACCAGUAUCAUCAGUUAAGUCUGGGAGAUUUAAACCACCACCCAUUAGAAUCACAACAGCGAAUCCAGCUGGCAACCAACGACUUCCACUCAUAGCGCCCGAAGAACCUACACAAAGAGAAGUAGAAACAGAAGAGUUAGCUUUUCAGAACUCAUUUGGACGAACUAGCGCUAUCAAUAACCAUCAACAUAUACCUAGUAAGCUAGUUCGCACUAAGUAUCCUGUGACUCUACACGAACAGAUUUCUGACCUGAUGGCACCAACUACUAGAAGCAGUUCCUCGCGAGCACCCAGUGUUGCAGGACCAACAGCGAAUGUCGGCGAUGAUAAUCGACGCAGCGAGCAACCCGCCAUCGGCAGCAGGAAGCAGAGCACAUCGACAAACACCAGCGAAAGACUUCAUUCGGAACCUCUCAGCGGAGGAAACCGACUUGCUCUUGCAGCACAAUCUCCACUACAAGGCUUGGGAGGCAGCAAAGAAUCAACGAGACCGGCAAGCAUUCAAGAAAGCGACCAUCAAGGGCAAAGCGUCACAUCGAGAGCUUUCCAAGAAGAUGGGUUACAAGUCUUUAAUGAACAGAACGAACAACUGGAACCCGGCCCUCUGGGAUUGGAACACCUUCGAGCUACGAAAGAAGGGCAGACCGCAAGUAUCAGGUCCUCAACUGCUUCAGAAUCAGAGAAAGGGAGGCAGGAAUCAUCCACUUUCGAACAUGACUCAGGGAGAACUGACCCUCCAGUUACUCAGGGAGGCAUCGACAGUAGUGAGGAGUUAGACAUGACAGUGUUGCCUUUGGACCGAGAAUUGAUUAACCCCAUGUUCCACCAUCUUAAACUGUACCUUGAUCCUAUUGUACUUAGCCAUGACAAAUUGUUACACGAAAUACAAGCUAUUGAGUCACUCGUUAAAAACGGGAGAACUAAUAGAAGAAUUGAUUCAGUUCAGAAAGCAAUCAUGAACCUAGUAGAAAAUAUCAACGACCAGGUAAAGGUGUUGAACCAACACACCAACAUCCUUGAGGAAGAUACGAGUCGUGUGAGUCCCCGACGUGAGACUCCACCUCAUUUGAAAAGGACGCUUUCGAGAGCUCCUGGUGAGAGUAGCUAUUUGAUGAAAUCGAAAACACCAGCACAGCAGAAGGAACAGACUGACGACGAAGAUGACUGGUCCCAACCUCAGGAACCCGAUGAGAAAGUCAACAAGGGUAAAAACCGGGAAAUAACUGUCAAAGUUGAAGAGACCCCAGACAGCAACUUGAAAAUGUACGACCUUCGUAAGAAAGAAGUCCCUCAACGCAGAAGACUGCAGGCAGCCCAACCUGGAGCAUCUAAGGAAGAUGUCAUAGAUAAAAUCCUAGACCAAUGCCCUGGUAACCUAGAUCAUGCAGUCCGUAGCAGAUUAGGAGAACAAAAUGAGUUUGUCACGUUUACUAAAAUUUUCGAGCAGGUCGUUAAAAGAACGACUAUUGGCAGGGAAAAGCCAAUGAAUAAGUCAAGUCAGGAUUGGAAGACCCAGGCGACUAGUGGUAGUAAUACGACUACACAACCUAUAGUAACCAAACCCGCAAUAGUUCGUGUCCCAGGCAAAUGUGACACUUGCGGCGUCACGGAGGCUGGACAUGACUUUCGAGCCUGCAGACGAAAGAGCAAAGGGAUCAACGUGGUUGAGCAGGAAGUACCCAACACAGAAGCACCUGUCGAGAAUGAACUAGAAAUCAUUUUUCACGAUGAUGAGGACUCGUCGUAUGAAGAUGGCGAAUAUAGAGCAGUACAAGAGGAAUCCUCGCAAACAGCUGACAUAUCGAAUCUUGAGGAAACAUUUGAGGUAAUGGACAUCUCCUGCUUAGAGGAAACUGAUAAAAGACGCCCAGUCUUUAUAAACAGAAGAAAUAUUGUCCCUAGACUGGGAAGCCCAUUCUUGACUACGAUGUGUAACAGCUGGAAAAUGAGUAUGCUCAUAGAUACAGGAGCGUUAACUCGCUCAUAUCACCGAGGAUUCUGGAUAAAUCUGGCUUCACUGGGAGAAGGAUGCGAAACUCCCAAAGGCAAAAUCGUAAUACUAAUCCCCGGCGCGUAA